AUUCAAACUAAAACUAUUGAGAGAAGAAAAUCAAAUGGCUUCCAAGCUUGAAGUAGAUGUAGAGCUGAAGUCUUCAGCAGAUAAAUUUUGGGGUGGCAUCACUGCCACAGAUGAACUCUUCAUUAAGAUCUUUCCGGAGCAGUAUAAGAGUAUCGAAAUUCUCGAAGGUGACGGUAAUAAUGUCGGCACUGUCCGUCUUAUAAAGUUUAAUGAAGGGAUGCCAAUAGUGAAGUUUUCAAAGGAAAAGAUAGAGGUGGCAGAUGAGGCAAAUAAACUAGUAACAUACAGUGUGAUGGAGGGUGAUAUACUGAGCUACUACAAGACAUUCAGGGCAACACUGCAAGUUAUUCCAAAAGGAGAUGGAAGCCUGGUUAAGUGGUCUGUGCUCUAUGACAAGACCAAUGAGGAGGUGCCAGAACCUGACUUUGUUAAGGAGACCGCUAUCCACACCUUCAAAGGUUUGGAUGAAUAUCUUCUCAAGAACUAGACUCUUUGAUUAUUAUUAUUAUUAUUAUUAUUAUUAUUAUUAUUAUUAUUAUUAUAUACAUAUAUAUUUAAUGGUAUUAUGAAAGUUGGAAUAAAAAGAAUUGAGGGAAGAAGCAUAUGAAAAUAUGUUAUAUCUAUGUUGAUGUUGUGAUCAGCUGGUGCCAUUAGUUUGCCUUUUCAUGUAUUCCGAUGUUUAUGUAAUCUAUUUAUGUUUUGGGUGUUCUGUUUUGGGAUAUUGAUUAUUAAUAAUUUGUGGACCAAA